CUGAGUCCCAGGGGAACCAUCGGCCUUUGAGUGGGUCCCAGCGUUUUGAGGCUCGUUUUGAUGCUGGUGAUGAUUGUACCUCUCCUGCAGGACCACGGUGUGAAGGUUCUUGGUGUCAAGAUUUCCUUUACCAUGUACGACCUCCAAGGUAGAUCUUAUUCCGAAACAAAAGGAAGAGAAGAUAGCAAUGGGCUGCAGUUAGAAUCCACCACUCACUGAGGAUCGGUCCUCCACAGAGAUGAUUCCCACUGUCAAGGGUACGCAUCUGCCAUGGGAAAUCUACAGUGUCUGCAGAUGAAGAAACAGUCUUGGAGAGAUCACGUGAUCGCUCAAGACCAUUCAGCUUACAAGAGACAGAUGGGGACUGUUCGGCCACAAUGCGGUGAAAGACCCGUUUUUGAGAGAGGAGCUCAAUAUUCCAGAAUCGUAGGAGGGAUGGAGGCUGAGGUGGGUGAGUUUCCAUGGCAGGUGAGUAUUCAAGCAAGAAAUGAACAUUUCUGUGGUGGCGCCAUCAUCAGCGAGUGGUGGAUUGUCUCGGCGGCUCACUGCUUUCACUCUGAGAUCUCGCCAGCAGAACUGAGAGUCGUGCUGGGAACCAAUAGCUUAAGCGGCCCAUCCCUGGAAAUAAAGGGGGUCACAAGCAUAAUUCUGCACAAGGACUUUCAAAAACUCAACAUGGACAAUGAUAUCUCCUUGCUGCUGUUGGACACGCCCAUCACAUUCAGCGAACUGAAAGAACCCAUCUGCAUGCCCACAGAACCUGGCCUCUCCAGGUGGCACAAAUGCUGGGUGGCAGGAUGGGGGCAGACCCAAACCGGUCUCCAACAGCCUAUGGAAACAGAGCUGCUGAAAGUGCCCAUGACCAUCAUGGAUUGGGAGAAGUGUUUAAAGAAAUUUCCAAGACUUACCAAAAAUAUGCUGUGUGCUGGAUACGAGAAUGAGAGCUACGAUGCUUGCCAGGGUGACAGCGGGGGGCCUCUCGUCUGUACCACAGAAUCUGGCAAGAAGUGGUACCAGGUGGGUAUCAUCAGCUGGGGGAAGAGUUGUGGACAGAAGAACAUUCCAGGGAUCUACACCUUGUUAGAAAACUACCGCUCCUGGAUCAAGAAGGUGACCGAGUUAGAGGGAAGGCCCUUUAGUGCUGAGAACAUGAUAGCCUCUCCCAGACAAAAAUCAAAGAGCUCUCAGGCUUCAGAAUUCCCGGAGCCAGGCAGCCCCACAUUCUGGCUCCCGCUCUGCCUUCUGCCCUACGUGGUGUUUUAAGCUAUUUUUCUACAAAUAAUAAAACAGAUG